UAGUAGCUGCUAGCUAGCUUCUGAGUUGUGACCACAGACUGCAUCGACACCACAGCAACCGGUCGAUCUUACUGAUCAGCGUUUACGAUCCUAGUCUUGGAAGCUAGACAUCGUCUGUGAUGGGGAGGUCGCCGUGCUGCUGCCAUGACGCCGGAGUGAAGAAAGGGCCGUGGACGGAGGAGGAGGACAAGGCGCUGGUGGAGUACAUCCAGAGGCGGGGCGGGCACGUCGGCAGCUGGCGCGGCCUGCCCAAGGCCUCCGGCCUCAACCGCUGCGGCAAGAGCUGCCGCCUCCGGUGGACCAACUACCUCCGCCCCGACAUCAAGCGCGGCAACUUCACCGACGACGAGGAGCGCCUCAUCAUCAGCCUCCACGCCGCCCUCGGCAACAAGUGGUCGACGAUUGCGACGCAGCUGGAGGGCCGGACGGACAACGAGAUCAAGAACUACUGGAACACCCACAUCCGGAAGAAGCUCCUGCGCAUGGGCGUCGACCCUGUCACCCACCAGCAGUUGCCGCCCGACCAACACCUCGACGGCGCCUCCGCUUCCGCCGCCUUCUUCCCGGAGACGCUCCUCUGGGCCGCGGCGGCCGCGACCCUCGGAGGUGGCCUGGACACGGGCGCCAUCAUGCAGGCGCAGAUGCUGCAGCAGCUGCUCCACGCCAUCGGCUCCAACAACACCACCACUAACCUCAUCGCCAACCUUGCUGCAUCAAACGCAAUGCUGAACUCAGGCGGCGGCAUCGUUCCGAACCUUCUGCUCCAGGACCAGAUGAACAUGUUGUCGACUGGCGCGAACUACCUACAGCCGGGUUACCUCUCCAACAUCUCGAGUUUUGCAGGACAAGACAUGGUGCAGCAGCAGCUAAUCAGUUCUCCUGCUCCAGGAACAAGCUCCUCUGCAGGAGCUGAGCCGGCCGAUCAGCACCGUGAUACUGCCACUGAAUUCGCAUCACCGGCGGCUGACAGGGCGCCAGUGGAGGAGUUCGCCGGCUUGCUGGAGCCCAUGAUGGAUAUGCCCGGUCUGUGCUCUCUGGAGAGUGACUCUUUCUGGAAUGAUAUACUGAAGGACAGUUACCGUUUCUAGAUUCCUCCUUGUGGCUGAAAGGAUGUGUUUAUGACAGUUUUGUACAGAAUCUAUAAACGUCUUGACUUCAUGCACGGUGCAGUGUGUUAGAUCGAUCAGAACGUUGUACUAGGUGAGAGAUGGUGACGAGAUGAUACAACAUGCAUUGAUUUGUUUGUGAGUUCA